AUGGGCGGCAGUCGUAACGGAGGCAAGAAAAUAUCCACCGGUUUAGGCCUCGCGUUGUCGAAAGCGGCGGAAAGGAAAGCGCACAAAUCCUCCGUUCGAGGCCAAGACGGGACGCACAUCAACUACUCGAACACGACGAACCAAGACGUGAAUAAAACGCGAGAAAGCGAAGGACUCGUGUCCGUGCUCGAGAGAGACGAUUUGGAGGAAAUGAUGGCCAUGGCGCAACUCUCGAACCGAGAUUUUACCGCGGAAAGAGAAAGGUACGGAGGGCCAGUGGUCGUGAGCACUGGGGGUGGUUCGGAAUACGCAAGCAACAGUACCACGAAUACUCAUCGGAUGAGUGUUGGAGGAGAUAUACUCGGGGACGAGGCGACGAGAGAGGAAGUGGAGCGAGCGAAACUGACGCACGAAAACGCGGCGAGGAUUCCUCGACGACCGGCGUGGACGACGGAGACGCCGAGGGACGCGCUCGAUCAAAACGAGAAGAACGCGUUUCUCGAGUGGCGAAGAACCUUGGCGGAGAUCGAAGAGACGGAAAGAGUGAGAUUGACGCCGUUCGAGAAGAAUCUGGAGAUUUGGAAGCAGUUGUGGAGGACGUGCGAGUUGGCGGAUUGCGUGGCGCAGAUUGUGGACGCGAGGGAUCCGAUGUUUUACAGGUGCGAAGAUUUGGAGAGGUACGUGAAAGAGUUGAACGAAGGGAAAGAGUGCGUGAUGGUUCUGAAUAAAGCGGAUUUGUUGCACGAGGAGCUGAGAUCGGCGUGGGCGGAUAAAUUCGACGACAUGGGGGUGAAAUAUUUGUUUUGGAGCGCGAAGGCGGCGACGGAGAAGAUUGAGCGGGAUGCGAUUUUGGAGAAGAGGACGAGGGCGUUGGCGAGGUUAGAGGCGGAAGAAAGGGCGAGGCUCAGGGAGUACGAGAACGGCUCGAGCUCCUCCAGCGAGGAUGAAAGAGAGGAAGUAGAGAGGGAAGGCGGUGGAGGAGAUGUAUCGUCGUCGUCGUCGUCGUCCUCGUUGACUGAUGAAGGAAAACAAAACGAAGAAGACGCGAGCUCGAUUGCGGCGACGGAACAACUCAGACCGCCGUCGGCGAUGUCCGGAUGGACGCAAGCCACAAAGACGAGUUUGCAAUCGCCGACGAAAGCAGCAACAGUACCAGGGAAAGAAAUUAAUACAAUUGCUAGUAUUAGUAGUAAUAAUAAAAACGGCCGCAACGAUCCGCGCGCUAGGGUGCUCGAUCGCGACGAACUUCUCGCAGAAUUGGAGCGGUUAGCGGUGAAAUCAGCCAGAGUCACUCGAAACGAUCCGACGUUAUACGCGGACGAACAACUCGAUUUUCCAGAACACCGACGCGAUCGCGUCGUCGUCGGUUUCGUUGGAUACCCGAACGUCGGGAAAUCUUCGACGGUGAACUCGUUAAUUGGGACCAAGAAAACGGGAGUAUCCGCGACGCCUGGGAAAACGAAGAGAUAUCAAACGCUCGACCUCGGGCCUCGAUUGACGCUCGCCGAUGCGCCUGGUUUAGUUUUCCCUUCCUUUGCGUCAUCGAGAGCGGAUUUGGUGUGCGCAGGUGUGUUACCAGUCGACCGAUUAACGGACGUUCGCGUUCCGGUGUCGAAAAUUUGCGAACGCAUACCGCGUAAAUCGUUGGAGGUUGCGUUACACUGCCAGUUACCGAAACCGGCAUUACACGAAGACCAAAACAGACAACCAACCGCGGGUGAACUCUUGCGCGCGUUUUGCGCCGCGCGAGGCUGGGCGCUCGUCCACGGUCGACCCGAUGAUAGUAAAGCCGGUAGAUAUUUGUUGAAAAUGUACGCCGAAGGUCGUCUGUUGCACUGCGAGAAACCGUACGAGUCGUACAGCGGUAAAAUGGGCGACGGCAUCGGCGCCGGCGCCAUCACCGAAGACACCCAAAAGGCGCUCUUAAAGUUGCAGCAACAAUCGACGAGUGUCACAUCCGAAGUGCAAGAUUUAGACGACCUCGACGUUGCUGAUUUAGUCGCCGACUUUCACGCGCGAUUAAACAACAACGAUACGAAAAAAACGUCCCAACGCGUUCGUCCGGAACACAAGUUCCACAAAAAACGCAAAGAGAAGCGACGAAUUAAGCACAAGGGAGCGGGUGAAAAUAAAGACGUUGGCGGACAAGGUUUUCUGAUGGGCAAAAGAGGUGGAAUGAUGCCGGCGCACUUACAAGCGAACGUGAGAAGUGCGAUUGGAGACGAGGAGUAA